UUGGUGGGUCCGUUGGUGCUGAUGAGUCUAGGACGCAAAGCAAAGCCGACGCGGAAACCUUCGCGAGCCAAACAGCAGCAGCGGAACGCAUUCGAAGGAGGGUGGUGCAGGAGCGGGACGAGGAUGAGAGGUAGGAAUGUGGAUUCGCACCGGUUGUUUUGGGUGGUGGUGGCGCGUGAGGACUGGGGCGAUAUCAUCGAGGAGAUGGCGCUGCCGAAGCGUUGCGUGAACAACGAGAUUGCGUGGAAGAAGAUUAACUUCCGGUUUUUGGACAAGUUCGCGAAAGUUUAUUUUCACGAUGGGCCUCCGACGAAGAGGAGGACGACAAAAAGCUACAUAAUCGGAGGUGGUCAGCGCAGAUGUUGCACUCGGUGCCGGCGGUUUACAGCACCGCAACUUCCCGCCCACAAACACUCACGUCGCGACGGCGCAGCUUCAGCCGAAUGAAUCUGGACAGUGAGCCAAAAAAAUCUGUGUCAUUCUCGAAGUAGGAUUACGUGUUCAAAAGCGAACUCCGUUCCGAGGGCCUCAUCAACUCCAUGUUCCGGAUGCGCUUCCAGGAUCGGGAACUCCCCGUUCAGGCACUUUACUUUCCAGCCAGGAAACGUCGACCACCCUUCCCGAAUCAAUGGCCAACUCCUCCAAGACUGUCCUGAUUGAGGCCGGAAACGUGACCAUCGUGUUACACUGCUGUCGCGCGUCGAAGCCUCCAUCCGGAACCUUCCAGCCUGGGGUAUUCGGAAGUGACCGGUGGCGUACCGUAUGAAGCAGAAGCUAGUGGAGAAGCGUUAAAUACAAAAAAGUGUUUUU